AUGUCUCAUCCGGAAGUGACCCGUGCGGAGUCCUUGGACGAGCAAGAACAUAGGGGGGAGAUUGAUGAUAAGAAGCCUAAAAAUAGGAGACCAGCCAAUACUGCCUUUAGACAACAGCGUUUAAAAGCCUGGCAACCAAUCUUGACUCCCAAGAGUGUGUUACCUCUCUUCUUCGUUAUUGGUGUGAUAUUUGCUCCCAUUGGCGGCCUUCUGCUAUGGGCUAGUUCACAAGUACAAGAGAUAGUCAUAGACUACUCCGAAUGUGCCGAAAAGGCACCGACCUCCUAUGCAGACCCGAUAUCAGAUAAAGUUAAGACCUCUUUCAAGUCCUCCGGCGAACAAUCCACCCCAACCUGGCAAAGGUUCAACGAAAGUGGAACUACCAUAUGUCGAUUGAUCUUCGAUAUACCGGAUACUCUGGAGCCCCCCGUGCUCCUCUAUUACCGCUUAACGAACUUCUACCAGAACCACCGGAGAUACGUGAAGUCCAUGGACACAGACCAGCUGAAAGGGAAGGCCGUUGACAAUAGCACCAUCGAUGGCGGUUCCUGUGACCCUCUUAAGCUUGAUCCUUCAACCGGCAAAGCAUAUUAUCCAUGCGGCCUUAUCGCUAACUCUCAAUUCAACGAUACUAUCCGCAGCCCACAGCUCCUGAGCAGUGGCGUGAGUGCCGAGACGUACAGCAUGACCAAUAAGGGUAUUGCUUGGGACAGUGACAAGCAGCUCAUCAAAAAGACCCAGUAUAAUAAGUGGCAGGUUGUUCCACCACCUAAUUGGCGCGAUCGCUACCCAAAUGGAUAUGAAGAUGGUAUCCCCAACCUCCAUGAAGAUGAGGAAUUCAUGGUUUGGAUGCGAACUGCGGCGUUGCCGGCUUUCAGUAAGUUAUCGCGCCGAAAUGACACCACGGCAAUGACUGCAGGAAGUUACCAACUGGACAUUGAAGACCGUUUCCCUGUCACCGAGUAUGGGGGUACAAAGUCGAUACUCAUCUCUACUCGAACCGUGAUGGGCGGGCAAAAUCCGUUCAUGGGAAUCGCAUAUGUUGUCGUCGGUGGCCUUUGCAUCGUCCUCGGAGCAUUGUUUACCAUUGCGCAUUUGGUUCGACCUAGGAAACUUGGCGAUCACACUUACUUGACCUGGAACAAUGAGCAUGAAAGUACGGCUGUGGCGACUGGACGAGACGGCAGGUUUGGCUCCAAUGCUCCUUAG